GCAGAGCGACGUUCCCGAGAAUCAGACAAGGCAGACAAACAGAGCUUCAGCACCUAUUCCAACUCAUGUAGAUGUCGGGCUAUUCACACACGCAUAGAGAAAGCUGCUCGGACUGGCGUCUGUUGAUCCAGCAGAUGAAAUGGCGGUGAGGCAGAGGAUUUUAAACUCAACAUCCCCAUUUUCUGGGUCAUCGAAAGGUGAUCCGAAGGGGUCGUACCCAUCAUGCUCAGCUGCGGAGCAGGAGCCAGAGGAGGAGGAAGAGGAGGGGAAGGAUAGCAAAAUGAGCUACAUAUCUCGUUAUAACCCUUUUCUAAAUAAACUCCUGACUCAAGGAACUGCAGAACAAGUGGGAGAAAUGCCACUGAAGACCUCAACCUUCAUUGCUCAAGCUGAAUGUGAAACCCAGGACUCCCAAGAGUUCAGCCCGUCCUGUUCUAAACACUCCUUCGUUCCAUCCCCAAACUGCUUCACCAGCACCAGUCUUCCCUCAGAUCACAACAACGUGGCGUGCCCAACCACAGCCUGCGUCCAGGAGCCGAGCUGCUCAUCCCCGCAGCUCAGCUUGAGGAAGAAGAGUAAAAAGAAGCAGAGGCGCAAAGGGAAGAAAAAACAGGAGAAGAGGGAGAAGCAGCGUCAGAGACAUCGAACAUCUUCAGGGGUCCCUGAACAGGAAAGCAGAAGUUCUCACGUCCGGAUGCUGGAUGACUCGUCUAUUGGAGGAAGAAGUGACCUCAGUUCAUCUUGCUGCAGCAGCGUUGAAAGCUCAGAAGAGCAGGACAGAGGGCCUUCUCUCUACAGCCCACAGAUCUACAACACAGGCUCCAGCUGCUCCCCUCUGAACUGGGGAGACCAGGUCUACAGCCCUCUUCAUUCCUACGGGCAGGAUACUGACUCUGACUCUGUCAGCAGCCUGGGAAACUACUCUCUGGCCCUCGCAGGCCUUAGGGGCAGUGUCAGUCAGGGGGACCAGUGCUAUGCGGGGCCAUUCUUCAAAGAUGUUGAGAGGGAUGUAAGAGAAGAGGAAGACGAAUUCUCAGCAGCUGAUUCUGUCAUCAAUGAAGGAAUAAUCUUUUACAAUGAAAAAAUCCAGCCUGUGGACUCAGAAUACAAGGAAGGGAGGGAAUACGUCCUUUCUAAAUUCAUCAAGGAAGGCUCCUAUGGUGAAGUACACAGUGCCGAAGAUGUCAAAACAGGCUUCAGAUUUGCUGUCAAAAAGGUCAACCUGAAGAGGUUCAACAGUGAGGAGGUGGGUGCGUGGAGUACCUUACGAUCCCCUCGUGUGGUGAAGCUCUUUGGUGUGGUCAGAGAGGGGCCAAAUGUUGUCCUUUUUAUGGACCACAAAGCUGGGUCCCUGGGCCAGCUGAUAUCAGAACGUGGUCGCCUGCCGGAGGACCUAAGUCUCCAUUACCACUCACAAGUCCUGACUGCUCUGGAGUACUUAGGGAAGAAGAAGGUGGCCCAUCUGGACAUUAAAGCUGAUAAUGUCUUGCUGUCAGAGGAUGGGAGAGACUCCUUCCUGUGUGAUUUUGGGCACGCAGAGAGACUCGAUAAUAAGGGACAGAGUACGAGUGGCUCAAGAGAUCUGAAGGGCUCUGAGACCCACAUGGCCCCUGAGAUGGUAAAAGGAGAACCCCGAGGAGCCAAAGCAGAUGUGUGGAGCAGCUGCUGUAUGCUACUGCACAUGCUCAAUGGGUGCCAGCCUUGGACAAGAUUCUACACCUGCAGACUUUACCUGAAGAUCGCUAAUGAACCUCCGCCUGUGAGAGAGAUCCCAGCUGACUGCAGCCGCCUUACAGCAGAAGUUAUCAAGGCGGGACUACAGAAGGAUCCGAUCAAGAGAGCAUCAGCUUCAGAGCUCAAAGUGAAAAGUGCCAGAGCUCUUAAAGAAGUUGGGGGGCUCAUCAGCCCGGUGAAAGGGCCCUACAUGGAGCCCCUGUACAUUGCCAACAAACCUGCCGACUGCAUGCAGCUUCUCCACAGCAUUGUUGGCUCUGAGGAUGAGGAGGAACAGAAGCAGUCUGACAGGAAGGUGAUCACUGUAGAGAGGAACUCACAGGAGCAGGAUAAUGAUGAAGAAGAGAGGGAGACUGAUUCUAAUGAGUCAAAGCAAGCCCUGUCUCUCUCUCCACUAAUGUUGAUCUCUGAGCCACACCACAACAGGGGCAACAAGGUCACCAACAUCCCUGAACUGGAGCUUCGUAAACUGGAGCGAGAUUUCUACCUCAACAGUCUGUCGCAGCUUCACUCUGCUGAGAAGCAGGAGCAGCUCUUGUCUUGUCUCAGCAGUGAUCCGUAUUCUAACUGGGAACCAUGGGACAAAAAGGAUUCUGGACGCUGGUCUCUGAGCCCAGCAGAUGACUUCAGCUCCGGUGUUUUCUCCUUCAACAGUCAGCCUGAUGUGCCGGUUUUCAGCUUGGAUCUGCUGACUCAUACACAGCUUCCAACUCCCUGUUGUUUUGAAGGGGUGGAUGUUUGCAUCCAAGACUUCAACAAGAGAAGCAUACGCAUCAGAGAGAAGCGUUGGGUGAAGGUGGGACACAUCGCCACGGGAAUCAGUGAUCAGAUUUCUGAGCGGGUUUUCACCUUGGAAACCGUACAGGGACAGCAGGUAGCUCACGAUGAGGAGGUGCAGGAGUCCGGUCUGGAGCUCUGCUGCGUUCCUGCUCCAGACUUCAGCUCAGCCUGGAGGUGGAGGAUCAGAGAUGGAGUACUGGAGACCAGAUAAAGCUCCAAGAAACUCAGCAAACACAUUUCAUCAUCUUAUGUGUUGUUUUGUCCAGCGUGUGCUCAUUACUCAGCCCAACCACUGAUCCUUUUUUGACUGUGAUGUUUACAUGUUAUUUGUCAGUGCAUGCUUACAUUGAGUCAAUAAAUGGAGUAUAAACU